UAAAUUUCCUUUGAUCAAUUACACAGGAUUAUUUAGAGAGAAAAUGUAAAACUUUAAAACAAGUUUUUGUUAGAGCUAAAAGUCUUGUUAGCCCUUUUUUUAAAAAUUAUUAUUUUGAACAAACUGCUGGAGGAUUGCACCAGUUGAAAACAGCAGUGUAUCACGUGCAGGUGAGCUUCCUGACACGUCGGAUGCAAUCGAACCAGUUUGCCCUGAAUCUGUAGUUCAAGCAUGGAGACUGUGUGGAAGGAGAGAGCAGAACGAGGAAGGGUGACUCCAGUUUGCAAAGCAGCAAGAACAGUUGAGUGAUAAGAUUCUAGUUUGAAUUUUUUUUUCAGACAAGUUCAUUUGUUUCUGCAGCAGCUGAAGAGAUGGCAGAGUGGAUUUACAGUUCAUAACGUUAAAGAGGAAGAUGUCAGCAUUCUUAAAGGAAAAAGAAGAAGAGCUGAGCUUAUACCACUUCAUGAAAGUAAAUAUUUAAAUGAUCAAUUAGAGGCAUGAUGGCCGUUAUAGAGGAUCUUGACCAUGUGGGAAGUUCUUUAAAUGCUUCUGAGCUGAAGAUCCCAUUUUCAGAUACAGUCAAGUACUGCAUCCUCGCUAUUUCUGUUAUUCUCCUCCUGGUGGCGCUAUGUAUCUUGGCCUGGCAGAUCAUCAGAUGCUUCUCAAACUCACAUUCUACAUACACUCAAGAAACAAUGAAUAGUGAUCUGUUGUACUCAGAGGAAAAGCCAGCAGAAGCAGAAAACUACUCAGCACCUCCGGGUAUGAAGGUGGAGAAUCAGAACAUGGAGUCUCACAGACUGAGUCGUUUUCUGUCUCAGACUUGGUUUCCCUCAUCAGACACCAGUAUCUCAGACGGAAACUUCGAGGAGCAGAAAAUUAUUAAGGCAACAGAGGUUGCGGGCUCGCUGCGUUUCUCCGUCUUCUUUGACCAGCUGGAGUCCCGUCUGGUCAUCUGUGUGCUGCAGGCAGAGGGGCUUUCAGACUGCAGGCCGUCCACUACCCUCCAGCCCUUUGUAAAAGUACGACUGAUGAAGGCCGAAUUAGAAGGAGCAGGAAAGAGGAGCUCAAAGAAAGAGCAGGGUGCUUUGUGGGCAGUCCUGCAGGAAUGGGACACUCAGAUAGUAAAAGGAAGCGAUAAGCCUUUAUUUAGAGAUGAGUUCAGCUUUAUUCUUCAAGAAACCAAAAACAUGCUUCAUAACCUAAAGCUCAAGAUGGAGGUGAGAGACUUUGAUCAUUUCUCCAGACAAACAGUGUUAGGGGAGGUGAGUCUUCCUUUGAAGCACCUUGAUAUCUCAUUUCCCCUGGUGCUCCAAGAAGAUCUGCAGAUACCCCAGAAGGAUCUUGUUGGAGAGGUUCUACUAUCUCUGAAGUUUCUUCCCACCUCUCAGAGGCUUGAGGUUGGUCUGCUGAAAAUCAAGACAGCCUUCAUAAACAUCAGCUCAGAUGCAGCUUUAUAUGCCAGGAUCAGCGUUCAGUGCAAUCAGAGUAGACUGAAGCCCCAGAAAACCUCAGCAGUGGCCCGAAGUGCAGUGACUGUCUUCAAUGAAGUCCUCAUCUUUUUGCUGCCUGACUUUGCUGUGGAUCAGUGCAAAAUUUUGGUCUCUGUUUACGAGACCUGCACAGAUGCAAAAUCCAGCAGAUCUUUGAUUGGACAUUUAUGCGUGGGGAAGGACAGGAGCCUGGAAGACGAGCACUGGACAUUGAUGGUGCGCUCAAUGCGCCAGCCUGUUGCAAAGUGGCAUGCCCUCUUAAUUUAAGCAAUGCGCCAUAAACCCUUUUUUUAUUACAGCUUUCAUUUUAAUCCGUUGAACAGCAAAACAUGAAGAAAGUGUACAAAAUGUUUUCGCUCUGUUAAAAAAAUCUUGUGUUUAGUUGAAUAGAAAGUAAAAAAAAAACUUGUUUUUAUGUUGUAUUUAUGAUGUUCUUUAUAUGUAUUUGCAAAAAUUUUAAACCCAUGUCUCUUUCUAGACUCAUAUGAAACUAGCCUGAUGUCCACUCUCAACAUAAUGUGCACACAGAAACAUUGAUUUGUUAUCAAAAAUUGUCACAGAAGUCUCCAUUCUGCACAGGCAGAUAGGAUUACUAUUGUUAUUUUCUGAAACUGCUUUCAAUUUGGCCAAUGCCAUAAAAUGCUUACAUAUUACUUAUGUAAUCAUGCACACACACGCGCACACAAAAAAAAAAAUAAGAGGAAAAA